AUGGAUGACCAGGUAACUGCUUGAACAGGUAACGCACCAAGGUGGCCCAGGUUUGCUCUUGCAUUCUUGUUCUCGGUGAGAGUCCAGCCCCACUGUCUGCCCCACACACCCUCAUUUUACUCCACUGGGCACUCCUGCAAUGCCUCUAGCUCCUCACACCCCACCCUCUGCUUUUAUUUAUUCAUUAUUAAUUUCAUAAAAUUUCUAUAUCGCUUGAUUGUAGAGAAAACCUCAAACCACUUUUACUCUGCUACAGAAACAACCUUACUAUGAGGCAAGUUAACAGUAGAGCAGGCAAUGGAGAGACCUGACUUGUGGGGCAUGAUAAACCAGGACUUUGUCACAUGUCUGGCUGGCUUGAUGCUGACUGCCUUGGGAACAGGAUCUCUUCAUCAGCAUCUGUAGAAUUAGGUGUUUGGUGAACUCUCCGCCCCCAAGUGCAAAUGAAUUAUAACUACAUCUGGGGGAAGUUGUGGAGGAGCCAGUUGCUUGUGGGGAAAAGAGGGGAAUAAUGCAGUUGUGUUGCAUGCAGAGUGUCCUAGGCUCAAUCCUUGACUUCUCUGGUUGAUGGAUAUCUGCGCUGCCUGUGACCUUGGAGAGCUACCAGUUGGAUAGGCAGGACUGGGCUGGAUGGGCUGACAAUGUCUGACUCCUUGCAAGGCAGCAGCUACACGGUAUCCUCUUUGACAUGGGGGUACCAUCAGACUUGAAGGAAGCAGUUGAUCUAUGUAUCUGCAAGGUGAAGGGCUGGGGGAGAAAUGCCAUCACUUGCUGUCUCCAACUUAGCCGUGUCCAUUCAUAUGCUGCUGCAUUUCCCUAGGAAAUUAUGAACACUUGCCAGGGAAAACCACCUGUUCACAUUGCCCAGUGCAUAGGAUCCAACUCCUAGGGGCCAAUAAAAUAUUUGAUGGGUAUUUCCAUUCAGCAGUUGUGUGUGCACCACAUCAAGUGAUCAAUUAUGCAAGACAGGGCUUACUUAGCCCCCCCCCCCCUAUUUUAUUCAAGUUGGCACCCUGGCCCAGUGGCCUCUAAGGUGGCUUGUAACAGGCAGGGGGAAUUCAAUUUAUGUUAUCUUUCAAAGUUAACCCUACCAAAUUUGUGUGUUCCAAAACACAACCAUCCUUUGAAAUGCACGCUUCUAUGAAUUUUGCAGUGUAGUUCUGCAGCCAAGUAAUGUCUACAGCCAUGCAUAUUUUAGCAUAAUGUGCUCACCAAAAAGCAUUUAUUAGUUAAAAUUACAAAUAAAAUGCAGUUGGUUUGCAAAAAAUGUGUUUCUUAGGCAAAAUCGCAUGGAAAAAUUAGAAGACAUUUGUGCCAAAAUGCUGAGCUGGGGGGACGUAUUAUUUAAAAAUGCAGAUUUUUGUCCCUUUCUGCUUUACCAAUGGGCAACUGGUAGGGCUUAGGGCCACACACUUUUUAAAAAAUUCUACUUUUGUGGAAGUUUUGUAUCUCAGAAAAUGUUCAUCCCAAAUACUGAUAAAAAAUAGUGCACACACAGGUAAACAAAUGCCCCACAAUGGGGCGUGGAGACAUUGAGGGGAGGCAGUCAAGACCCCCACUCCUUGUACAGUUCACUCUCCGUACCCCCCUCUGCUGUGUAUGGAGGGCAGUCAUAGAGCUUCCCUUUGCACUCUUGGGGUAGCGUGCCAGUAUCGCAAAGUGAUGUGAACAGAGGAAUUCUGGGGUGGAGAACAAGCCCCAUGCAUUUCAGACUCUUAGUGUUCACACAGUGUUAAACAGCAGGCUAAUCCUGUGUCAGAUUUCCCAAGAGCAACAGUUGAAUUCCAGUCAGGGCCAGUUCUGAUUUUCUCUGGUCAUAGUCAAACACACACACACACACACACACACACACAGAGUGCAUUGGGCUCCGUUCCCACCCUGCUGAUCAAUUGCGCAUUCAGGAAACAUCCCCAGCCAUUAGCUCCCGCUGAGGAAACAUCAGUCAACCAUCCCUGAUUGUUAGCAAACAACCCAUGCAAACAAAACAUGGCAGCCGUUACAAUACCAACUUUUAGUAAAACACCUGAGCUGGGUUUUUAUUGGGUUUUUUUUCAAUCUGUCAAAUAUGAAAAGCAUGCCAUUCCCAGUUGAUGAGGUCAAGGCAGUUGGUGUCGGAAGCCUGAAGUGAAAGAAAAGAAUGGUUGCUGGACCAGCAGGAGUGUCCAAACAUUCUGUCCCUGGCCUGCAGGAGAGCCGAUAUGGGAUACCGGGCUGGACGGGAGACUGUGCUGAGAACCCCAGCAGGCAUGGAGACAGGCUAGCUCAGCCGCUAUGGGGCAGCAGUGAUUUUGGGAUAGCAAUGGGGGAGGCAUUUGAUUCAGUUCCCAUUUAAGGUGGACUUGCCUACUUCACAUUUUCUGAACCAAAACACAGCCACCCUUCAAAAUUCACACUUCCUCAAAUUUUGCAGUGCUAUUCUCUGGCCAUGUUCUGGGUACAAAAAUGCACAUGCUAGGGCAAAGUGUGCAUACAAGUGCAAAUAUUAAAAUAACAUGCAGAAAUCUGUUGCAUUAGGGGAAAUUGCUUUGCUGAAAUGUGUAUACUAGGCUAAGUUGCAUAAAAGACUCUAUAUCUUAAGAGAAAUUCACAUUAAAAUGCCAAUGAAUUUUCACAAGGACCUUUAAAAAAAAUCACACACUGAUGUGGAAAUGUAGCAGACUGCUACAACUGAGAAAACGAAAAGUAGAGGGAACCUGAAGUUGGCAGAUUUGCCCUUUCCUAUUUAGGUAUUGUUAUAAUUGAUCUCUGUUUAUGAUUCUGAGUUGAUGAAUUCAGAUUCUGCAUGCACCACAACACCCAUCAUCAUGGCAAAGGAUGAUGGGACUUGUAGUCCAAAACUUCUAGAGGGCACUAUGUUGGCGAAGUAAGUGCUGUCUCCAAAAAACCUUAUAUCGCAAUAAACCAGACUAAUAUCCUGCCCUUGAUUCCAUCCCUGUGUACCCUUGAGUUGCAGCAGUGCAUCAUUUAAUCACGCGUCUGUGUUUCAUCCCUGUGUUUGCCUUUGAAGUGCUGAGUUGGAUUAAUGGGUGUAUACCAUAACAUUGUUUGGAUGUUCUCCCCUCCCAUUCGCCCUCUUACCUUCUGCAGAAGCAAAUGCUCAACGCCUCUUCCACGCUGCCUGUCCCCACCUCCAACACCUCCCUCCCUCUAUCUGACGACCGGGAUGACGCUCUAGCCCAAGUGGAAAUCGCCAUCUUGGCCUCCAUCUUCCUGCUAGCCACUCUGAGCAAUGGGCUGGUGCUGGGAGCCCUCUUCCGCCGCACUCGCCGGGCCAGCCCCAUGCACCGCUUCAUCUGCCACCUCUGCCUGGCCGACCUGACCGUGGCGCUCUUCCAGGUGCUGCCGCAGCUCAUCUGGGACAUCACCGACCGCUUCCAGGGCCCGGAUGUCUUGUGCCGCGCCAUCAAGUACUUGCAGGUGGUUGGCAUGUUUGCCUCUUCCUACGUCAUUGUGGCCAUGACUUAUGACCGCCACCGAGCCAUCUGCCGGCCCAUGCUGGCUUUCCGGAAGGGCCCAGCCAGCUGGCAUCGCCUGGUGGUGGCGGCAUGGACCGCAUCCUUCCUCCUCAGCCUCCCACAGCUCUUCAUCUUCUCCAAAACCAAGCUGCCCAGCGGAGCCCACGAGUGCUGGGCUCACUUUGCAGAGCCCUGGGGAGUUCGGGCUUACGUCACGUGGGUGACUCUGAUGGUCUUCGUCUUCCCCACUUUCUUCAUUGCUACCUGCCAGGCCAUGAUUUUCCGUGAGGUCCACCGCAGCCUGCGCCUGGGGCCAGAAGGAGCAUUGCGGGGCCGGGACAGCCGGCAGGGGCCCUCCCCCAUUUCCGGGGCUGUGUCCAAGACUGCAAAGAUGACCCUAGCCAUUGUGCUUAUCUACGUGUUCUGCUGGGCCCCCUUUUUCCUAGUCCAGCUGUGGUCUGUGUGGGAUCCUCAGGCCCCGCUAGACGGUGAGUCGUGCAGCAGCAUAGGGUGUCAGGUUCCAGACUACAAAACUGGCAUCCACCGCAGCAUUUCAAUCCACACACACAUUUGCCCCGCAUUUCUGGGCACAGAUCUGGGCUUUUCAGGUAUGGAUCCAAGUGCUUCCCCUCCUCCACAAAAAACCCCUCUUUACCAUUGUAUUGGAACAAACUGCAAUCCACCCCAAACCUGAAUUGCUGUUUCUUUCAAUUCAGCAUUAAAGAGUGUGUUUUCCUGGGGGAAAUGGCAGGGCAAAAAAAGAAAGCAGUUGGACCAGGAGCAGGAAAGUGCGCAGCUGUGCCUAGAAAGCAAAUGGUAAAUGUGGAUGAGCCCUUAAAAGCACCUUCCUCCUUCCUUCCUAUUGUAUGCUGAGCAGCAGAACAAGGGCACAUGAAAAAGUUCAAGGUUACAGCUAGGACACUAUUUCUCUUGCUUUUUUAAAAAGGUCUGCCACUUCUUUACUUCCUUCUGUUUACAACUGUGGAUCCAAACUACAGGCUAUGUUUCACAUAUAUAAAAGCAUUGUUUGCUCUUUAAAAGAAAUAAGCACACACACAGCUACACACCCUGCCAAUCCAGACCACAGCAUGGCAGGGAGGGACUUCAAUGCCCCCCCCCCCCCGCACUUUCCUCCAGCUUUGGGAAAUGAUUGGGAAAACGGUAGGGGGCUAAGCACCACUAUCAUGAUCCAGAUCAAGGACUCCCCAUGGCCAGCUGUGGAGACGACUGUCAGCGUGCAUCUGGAGCCUGAAACAAGCUCCAGAGUUUCAGCCUGGCCAGCUGGAUCCCAUUUGUGGUCUAGAAACCUACCUGCUGCCUCCUAUUCUCUUAUCUCACUGCUCCAUGACCAAAGAUUCCUGCAAUAUUAUUUUCAUGGGCUCGGUGUAAAUCAUGACAUGGCAAAAGGCGGGUGGCAGGGUGGGCACUUUGCAUGCACUGUAUUGAAUUCCAUUAUCUGUCAAUGAAAUUUAAGCACAGCAUAUGGACUCAUAUUACUUCAAUUCUAUGCCUAAUACACAGUCCUACUGGACCCUCCAUUGGGAGUUGGGGACAAGCAAGGAUAAGGAGGGGGAGAAGGAUUAAAAGGAAUUUAUAUACUGCUUUUCAUUUUGAGAAGAAAUAGCAAGAUGGUUCACAAGCCAGUUAAAGCCACCAGCAAAACAAUGGUGCAAGCGCAAUACAACCUGCAGUGGAGCUGGCAGGGAAUAGAACUGGAGGGGGUUGUCUCAGCCCCCAAGGUGCAUUCUCUUAAAGAUUUUACUUCCUGCCAGUGGAGAGAUGGGUGGAGAUAAUCCCACACAGGAUCACAUUUCUUCCCUAUAGGAGAACAAUGGUUUUCAGCUAGGGAUAUAUGAGGUCUCUUUGGGAACAACAUCGCCUCCCCUGGAAGCCCCCAAACAUGUGAGCAGGCUGUGGUUACCCAGUGUUGGGAGAACUGUACUCUAUCUAUUCUCAGAGGUGCCCUUGCCUUUAUUAUUUGUCUUCCAGAGCAUGUCCCAUGGCUGAGCUCUUGCAAUUCCCAGGCUGACCCUUGCUCCUUUUCUCCUCUCCAGGUCCAGCUUUCACCCUGCUGAUGCUCCUCGCCAGUCUCAACAGCUGCACCAACCCCUGGGUCUACGCCACCUUUAGCAGCAGUAUUUCGGGUGAGCUGCGACAAAUCUUUUGUCCCAGACUGGCCCGUCAGCAGAUUAGUUUCCUGCAUGAGGACUCCACCUUCACUGCCAGCUUCUCCCUGGGACGGGAUGCCCUUUCCUGA